CCGUCUGUCCGUCUGUCUGUCUGUCUGUCUGUCUGUCUGUCUGUCUGUCUGUCUGUCUGUCUGUCUGUCUGUCUGUCUGACUGUCCAUCUGUCUGACUGUCCAUCUGUCUGUCGGUCUGUCUGUAUGAACACAUAAAUUCAGCCCAUAUUGAAUGUAUGCAAAUUCAGGCUAAUGAUUCCACUCCUGUGUUAAAGUGGUUUAUUGUUGUGCUGACACAUCCAGGAAGAUCUAACGAAGUCAAUAUACCAUAAAUAAUGAUUUGUUGCCUUAUCAAUGCAAGACUACUGUCUUUGCUGCUGACUCAGGAGUCAAACCUUCGGCCCAAACCCAUUCUCACGAUGCUUGUCCCCACGUAGCGACACAGCACUUGACCACAAACCCUCUGGUGCCUCUUUCGUCGACUGUAGAGCUCAUAAAACAGGCCGUUCAUACGCUGAAAAAAAAUAGUUUGCAAAAAGUUCAUUGGCAGGCUGUAGCACAGAGAGGCAGUUAAAGGUGGUUUAUUUGUCAGGGCUGUAAUGAAGUUGUUGGACUCGUUUCAAAUAUUUUUUUUUUCCUUUCCAGUUUGUUAAUGAGGAAUUCAAAGUGACACGGUGAAGAACAUGAAAACAAGCUAAGUGUCUCCUGUCUUUGUUUCUCACUGAUUAACAACUUGUCCUUACUGCAUUAUUAUUGUUUUGAGAGUUGUUUGUAACAGGGAGUUUCUUUGGCCUGUGGUGAUGCUGGUUGCAGCUUUUUCUCUGAUACUGUGAAAAGUGAUGUGCAGUAAUUGAGUAACGAUCGACUACGGGACUCAGUCUGAAGCUGCUGCACAAGGAGCCGGUCGGUGAAGCUCGGCUCGCUGAACUCAGAAUUGGCGAAUCAGUUGUCGCUUCCUGUUUAUUCAAGGUUUAUUAAUAUUUAACUUAUCGUGUGUCCAAAUUGCACCUUAGCAAUUCACAUGUCAAGUGUGAAGCUAAUGAGAUGAACGGUUGUACAGACACGCGAGCCACAUACAGACAGAUUCCUGGAAUUGGUAGACAGCUGAAGAAGAAAACAAACUGCCUCUUGAGUCUUGAAUUUAAGAACUAAACGUAAUUAUUCAUAUUUUGUUGACGGAUCAAACUGCAUCACGGCCACGUUUAACGACCCCGUCCCCAGUGGACGUCCUCUGACCACCUUUGCUGGUUUCACUGUGGUUUGUGACAUUAAUUCCGACACAUUGAUCAUCGGGGGAUUUUGUGUUUUUCCCGUCUGUGAGGCAGCGGGAGAGAUGUGAGCAUUACAGCUCAUCACUUAUGAAAGGACUCUCUGAGCUUCUCCCUGUGUCGACCUGCCCCACGCAGACCCACGUCUCGCUUGUCUGACUCUGCAGCUUGAUCCUCCCUCAUGUGGGUGUUCAUCGUGUGAAUUUAUCAGCUUUUUUUGUCCCUCACAAAAAUGGUGGAACGACAGACUGUGUAGAAAUGUGUACAGGACAGUUGUAGUUCCCACAUGGUCCGAAUGCUUCAAGCAGAUUAGCUGAGUUUGUGUAUUAACCUCUUGAAAAAUGAUAAGUAAGAAUAUUUUUUCAGAACUUUAAAUACAAAUAUGAUGAAUACCUAAUGUUGUAGGAGAACAAACUUCAUCUGAAUACAUGCAUUCAAGGGUUUUAAUUACUUGAAAAAGAAAUAUUAAAUGUCUAACUCGGUCUUAAUAGUUAUUUAUCUUGCAUUGAUAUCUUUCAACAUUGAUUUACACUUCAUCUCUCUCAGUUUCUUGAUAUACAGAGCCAGGGAACUGAGGGUGUCAGGUUCCAGAUAAGAUUAAUCUGCUCGUCAAAUCAACUCUUUACUCUGAAUCACAUGCACACACGUGCACGCUCAUUACAAAACAGCUUCUAGACUUUGCACUGCACGAUUCUUCAUUUUCACACCGUCCACGCAUUUAGGAAUCCAGGGAAAAGGGGAUUGAAAAGGUUCCAUCCAGCUUCUCGUGUGCACGUGUGUUUCACAGAACUUCACAGACUUUGGCCAGGAGGAUCAUGUGACCUCGACAGGUACGGUUGACAUUUGAUUUUACAUGUUAUAUAAGGUGUGUUUUAUGGUGUUUUGAUUUUCAUUGUGAUUCUUUCCCUGACUUGAACAUGAUCCAGAUUCUGGGUCCAGGCCUCUUUCAGUCCAGGCUCACAGAAGGUGGUUAAUCUCCAUAAUUAAAAAGCUUGAAAAUCCCUUCUUUUUUUUUUAAAACAGGUUUUCAUGCAGUCUAUGAAAAAAAUCCAUGUGUAUUAUGUGUAUUGUGUAUUUUUCAUCAGCAGAAAAAGGAAUUGAGCUAAAUCCUGUCAUGCAUGGUAAAUCUAAUCUGCUUGCAGUGACUGCGGUCCAAUGAGAUGACAAGUACAGUCGCUUACAAUGGCAAAAUUAUGCUUUUUAAUUUAUUUGACUGGACAAACAGAAGCAUUAUUCUGUCUGGUAGAGAUGUUGUAAGAGUUUUAACAGUUUAAUGCCUGAAAAUCUCACACCUGACAUUAGGAUUCGAACAUCUGAAUGUUCAUAUACGUUUAUAACCCAGAUGAGUGCUUGAGGGGGAUGCAUUUCUUUUGAUUAAAGCUACAAAUACAAUAACACUCAGUCAAAAACAUAAACAAGGCGUAGUAGUACUAUAUGCAGUGCAAUAAAAAGUCAGUAUAAUGUUUUACUUUGGUUGUUAGAGUGUCUGAACUGUGAACAUAUACAAUGACGUAGACUAAAAUUAACUUUAAUCACAGGAGGAAAGAAAAGAAAGAGGUUGAAACAGAAAAUCAGAGACUUACUCACUUACACUAAGUGGAUAAAAGUAUUUGGACACAUGAACUUUACACUAAACUCAUAGGUAUUAAUGUCCCCAAGGGUUUCGAACCAGCACACAGAGAUUUGCUCCUGUUCAGAUCAUCCAGACUGUUGUUGUUGGGGCUGACGUCAGAGCUCUGGGCAGGUCAGUGGAAUCCUUAAACACUAACUGGGAAAGUCAUGUAUUUACUGUAUAAACUUGGCUUUGUGCACAUGCAGUAUCAAUACGCUAAAAGAGCAAAGGCCUUCCUCAAAGCAAGGUUUUGUCUAAAUUAUUUACUUUGUAUUAGUUUGAUGAACCCGUGGAAAGUACACAAAGAUAAGUAGUGUAGAUGCAUUUCUCCCUUGUGUUAAAAGCCGUGCAGAUUAACAUGGACUCUCUGAAGAAGGUCCAGAGGGGGAGGACGGCUGUGGCGCCGACAGCCGCCCCUGACGGUGGCUACGCCUGGUUCGUCUUGCUCUCCUGCUUCCUGGUCUUUGGACUGACCUUUGGGGUCAUUAAGUCCUUCGGCGUUUUCUAUGUCGAGAUACAGCAAUACUUUGAAACCACGGCAACAGGAACAUCAUGGAUCACCUCUAUUGCUGUGGCCACCAUUCACGUUGCAGCUCCUGUAGCCUCUGCUCUGAGUGCUCGCUGCAGCCAUCGCUCUGUGGUGAUAACGGGUGGACUGAUUUGCAGCUCAGGAGUCAUGAUUGGGGCUUAUGCUAAUAACGUGAUUGAACUCUACUUAACAGUGGGGUUCUUGAAUGGUCUGGGCUAUGCUUUGACCUGGACCCCCACAGUGACCAUGCUGGGCUUGUACUUUGAGAGGAGGCGUCCGCUGGCGAACGCCUUGGCCAGCACUGGAGAGUGCAUCUUUACCUUCGUCCUCACACCCCUGUUCCAGCUGCUGAUCGACACCUACACCUGGAGGGGGGCUCUGCUGAUCCUGGGGGCUCUGCAGCUCAACUUGUGCCUGUGUGGGAUGCUACUGAGGCCGCUAAAACCCCCCCCAGAGCUGACUCAUGUCGAUGAGGUCAAAGCAGAAGAGACAGAGGAGCAGAGAAUAUGUGAGGGGUCUGAUCUGGGCACAGUCAAGGUGUGUCUUGAAGACCCCGAGGAGAUCACUGAUUCAAAAGACUCAAAGACGGCUGAAUUAAGGACCAGAAUCCUGCGCUACGUAGAUUACACCCUCAUCUCUAACGCUCAGUUUAUGGUCUACUCGAUGUUCGGGGUGUUUGCCGCUCUGGGUUUCUUUGCCCCAGCGUUGUUCCUGGUCCCUUAUGCUCGCAGUAAAGGAAUCGAGGAAUACCAGGCGGCUGCGCUCAUGUCCAUCUCUGCAGCGCUGGACGUGUUUGGAAGGGUGUUCUUUGGCUGGGUGGCAAACCUGAGACUGGUGGAGACGGUGCAACAGCUGACGGCUACGGUGAUUCUCCUGGGCUCUGUGCUGCUCCUCUGCCCACUGGCCUCCUCCUUCUCCGAGCUGGCCGCCUUCAGCGCGGCUUACGGCCUCGUGUACGGCGCCGCGGUCUCCAUCCACAUCACCGUGCUGGCCGAGGUGGUGGGUGUUCACAGGCUCGGCAGCGCACUGGGGUUCUUCAUGCUCAUACGCAGCGGCGGAGGCCUGCUCGGACCGCCCAUCGCUGGAUACUUCAUUGAUAAGAUGGGGAACUACGGGACGGGCUUCAUUAUGGCCGGAGUGUCUCUCCUCGUCUCUGCCCUGUUCCUGCUCCUCCUCCAUCAGAUGACCCGCAGGGGUCAGAGGUCGACGAAGAGGAAUCACAAUAUGCAAACGGACAAAAUGGGACAAAGCCUCGGAGGCGAAGUCACAGAUCUGAGCAUGAAAUCAAAGAUGGAGAAAUAGUUUCUGAUGCUGAUGGAGGUAAAUCUCAAGAUAGCGGUCAAACAUUAAAAAAAUUGUAAAGACUGAGGCAGUGUUGUCAGAGGUGUGAAAGUGUCACGUGAAGAAUCAUCUGCAGGAUCGACCAGGUCUUUGGAAUCCUCAAGUGUCUGUAGGUGAUGACUUGAUGGAUUGGAGGGAGCAUCUCUGUUUAUAACACAGACCACAGACAGCGUGUGCAUGCAGGAAGUGAUGAGACUGAUAAAACACUCUGCGGUAGAUCUGCCCUGUUUGUUAUCAGUGGUUAAACUGUGGUUAGAAUAGAGGAGCUCUUUAUGUAUUGUUUUGAACUUUACUUGAAUGAUCACUUCAGUGGUUGCAUCAUACAGUACGUGUCCAUGGGCAAUUUAAAAACCAGUCUGCAACCGCGAUACUUCAAACUUGUGUUUUCAUAUUUAUUAUGCUUUGCACAGUUUUACUUAAUUUAUUUGUAAUGUAUGGAAUUGGUUCAUUUGUGAAAAUGAAUGUUGUUUUUUUAAGAGAUUAAAUGUUUAAACCAGGACACUUUUCCUGUUUUAAUAAUAUAAUAUUAACAGAGGUUACCAACUCAGUAAUACUGUAUAAAUUUAAGAUAUUGAUAGGAGGGUUUUGGAGGGUUGUUUUCUAUAAGACAAGUGGAAAAACAUUAAAAGACAAGAUGUUGCUCCUCUCUACCCAAAACCUCUGGACUUAGAAAGAAAACUGCAUAUACUGUGUUAUUGUAUCAUACAUUACAGAUGUUUUAUGAAUGGAUCAAUGCCGGGGUUACUCAGUGAAAAUGGGACUAUGGCUCCCCCCAGUGAGAAGACGAUGACGUUGCAUUCCCAGCACUGCACAGCUGCAGGGCUGAGCUGCAAAAUGUAGAUAAAUACACACACAUUACAACACAGGAAAAAUCAGAGAGUUCACAGAUAUAAACAGAAUUAAGUUGCAUUAGUUGUUUUGGUCCGAUUACUCAAAACCUAAGAAAAUGUAUGAAGUCUGCUCCCUUUAAUUUACAGGAUAAUUUUAAUCAGCCUCAGAAGUGAACUGAAGUGUUAAAUUAAACAACAAAAUAAGUUGUGGUUGAAUGAGCUUCUCUCCGACUUGUGUCCCAGUAGUGAAGCCUGAAACCGAGUGGGAAUCUGCUGCAGAAUGUUUGGUAUGUGCAACCGGCGAGCGAACGAGCGCUCAAACCCCCGGACCAGCGAGAGGCCCCAGAUACACAUCUUAAACCUGCUGCAGUGCAGAUAUAACAAGAAUAAAUAAACAUGUCAUCCUCCAUAAAUCUGAAAUAACAAACUGCAAACCGAGGUUUACAAACAGUGGCCCACACUGAAAUCUCCACCGCACAGACAGACACACACACACUCACUCAGACUCACUCAGACUCACACACAGACAGACACACACACACACAUAUGCCAAAGGAAGGAUACUGCAGAAUAGAAAACUUACCACAACAAGAGAGCUGGUAAAAAAAAAAACACAAUGCUUUUAUCUGCCAGAGAAAAACAAAGACAUAAUCCAAGCAUGCAGUGGUCGACUGGAGAGACAAGAGGCCUCCUAUUAUUUGUGAAACACUGCCAGGCUCAAAAUUAUCAGAGGAUUUCCAAUCCAGUGAAAGUAAUGUCUCCUGUUAUUUGAUACGUGAGGAAGUUUGAUCUGUUACUUGCACGUCAGUAUGUCUGAAAACCCUAAACCCAUAUUUACCCAGUCUCUGUACAUAAGAGGAAAAACAAGUCUGACUGAGCAAUACACAAAACAAGCACACGUGGAGAUACACACCAUUUUAUUUACUGGGAUUACUGAGAGAAUACUGUUUUCUUCUUUACCUUGAAGUACAUGUGAAGUUGUUUUAAAGGGAAACUCCACCAAGUUGAUGUAUUAAGUUCACUAAAGUCAUCGUGAGGAGAACUUCCCUGUAACAUAAUGUGUUCUUAGGCUCUGGAGGGAGAUUUGUCAAAGUAUGAGAGAAUAAAUAACCAAGAACAUGU